UCUGUGAUGCUGAAGUUGAGAUAACUCAAAAGACAGACUGUCCAGCAAGAUUCAGAAACAGCAGCGGAGAAGAAGAAGAAGGAAAGACGGAGCUCUUCCUCUCAACGAAUUGGAAUAUGGUAGAUACGGCGUUCGAAGGGAGGCUGGUCCAGGAGCUGGUCGCUAAGAGCAGCGGUGAGAUACCAACCCAGUUUGUUCAGAAAGAGGAAAAUCGUCCCAUCGGUUCUGCACAGCCGGCCUCCGGCGUUCCCAUCAUCGACCUGCGCCGCCUAUCCGAGCCUGGUGCAGGGGAGGAGCUCCUCCGGCUUAAGUUAGCCCUCCAAACCUGGGGCAUGUUCCAGGUUGUGAGCAAUGAGAUGCCCACUGCUUUCCUUGAUGAGGUGCGGAGUGUGGCAAGAAAGUUCUUUUAUCUUUCUAAAGAAGAGAAACGAAAGUACAAGAACCUCACGGAUGAUGAGGAGUUUAAGUUGGAAGGAUAUGGAAAUGAUAUUGUGGCAACAAAAGAUCAAAUCCGUGACUGGAAUGAUCGUCUUUAUUUGUUAGUGGAACCAGAAAGUGGGAGAAAUCUUGAACUUUGGCCUAAUAAUCCAAGCUCUUUCCGGAGUUUAUUACAUGAAUUUUCCAUGAAAACAAAGAGGAUUGCCAACAGUGUUCUAAUGGCGAUUGCAAGGCUGCUCGAACUGGAUGAAAAUUAUUUCACUGAUCAAAUGGGAGAUGGUACUACAUUUGCGAGGUUUAAUUAUUACCCUGGUUGUUCCAAGUCUGAUGCAGUGAUUGGUAUUAAAGCUCAUUCUGAUGGUUCUGUUCUCACACUCGUGCUACUUGACAAAGAUGUCGAUGGAUUGCAAGUACUUAAAGAUGGCGAGUGGUUUUCUGUCCUCACUGUUCCACAUGCUUUACUUGUCAACUUGGGAGAUCAAAUGGAGAUAAUGUGCAAUGGGAAGUUGAAGAGCCCUGUGCCCCAGGUGGUAGCAAGCUCUCAGGACAGAAUUUCUUUGGUCAUGUUCUAUUCUUUUAAUUAUGAAAAAUACUUAGAGCCUGCAGAAAAGCUGGUGGAUGGAGAGCCAAAAUUGUACAGGAAGGUGCUGCUUAAGGAUUACAUUGAUAACCUCUUCCAAUACUUAGCGCAAGGAAAGAGAUCCAUUGACUUUGCGAAGAUUUAAGGUCAUCCGUAGGAUGGCUGUUGAUAACGUGGGGUUGUGUCUUUCAUUGGAUCAAAUAUACCAAAAGGUCGGAUUUGGCGUUGUUUGCUUUGGUAGGAACGACUGAAUCAGAUCAAAUAAAGAGUCCUCCUCUUCUAUUGGAGGGCUCUCCUUUAUCGCUCUCUCUUCCUUUUGAACCGUCAAAUGUCUUCAGAAUCAAUACCGACACAUUUUCAACAUAUAAGAAGUUUAGUAUUCAUUGAUAUGAGCUUAUUGAUAUGAUUAUGGUAAUUUAAUGGUUAUUUACU